AUGGCCAAGUGGGGAUUAUUAAAGGAAAGCAAAGCCAACUUUACAUCAAAGAUCUACAAUGUAGAAAAAGAUCUACAAGCAUUAGAGGCAAGCUGCGGGCUGCAAGCGAGCUUUGAUGUCGACCUCUUGCUGCCGGCCUUGCGGGGAGCCUUUCUGAUCGACCCGGUUCUGGAGAUGGCGCCUCGGGAUGCCCAGCUGGUCAAGGAAUUGGGGCUGCGGCUGCUGUAUGCUGUGAAUACCCAGUGCCACGCGGACCACAUUAUGGGCUCAGGGCUGCUCCGGUCCCUUCUCCUCGGCUGCCAGUCUGUCAUCUCCCUUAGUGGGGUCCAGGCUGACUUGCACAUUGAGGAUGGAGACUCCAUCCACUUCGGGCGCUUUGCCUUGGAGACCCGAGCAAGCCCUGGCCACAACCCGGGCUGUGUCACCUUUGUUCUGAAUGACCACAGCAUGGCCUUCACUGGAGAUGCCCUGCUCAUUCGAGGGUGUGGACGGACAGAUUUCCAGCAAGGCUGUGCUAAGACCUUGUAUCACUCAGUCCACGAAAAGAUCUUCAUGCUUCCAGGAGACUGUCUGAUCUACCCUGCUCAUGAUUACCGUGGGCUCACGGUGUCCACCGUGGAGGAGGAGCGGACUUUGAACCCGCGGCUCACCCUCAGCUGUGAGGAGUUUGUCAAGGUCAUGGACAACCUGAACUUGCCCAAGCCUCAGCAGAUAGACUUUGCUGUUCCAGCUAACAUGCGCUGUGGGAUCCAGACCCCCCCCUUCCUGACCUAGUUUUGUCAGGUGCUCAUUUCCGUUAAGAAUGCACUAGGCAGGGUACAGAGAGAGGUGCCAUCGCCAGGCCUCUCUCCUUCCCCUCCCUCACCAGCCCCUGAGCUUCUCAAAUAAAUAAAUAAAAAUUA